UUCUCAGUUAACGUGUGCAAAUGCUGUCGCAAGAAAAUAUUGGGCUUUCAUAUCAGUAAAAUACACAAUUACUACGUGUUUGCUAGUUUUUACUGACCUAUGAACCCCAGAAAUAUUGUAUGUUAUGUUUUUACCGUCAUAGGUAGUCAUGUUUUGAUCGUUCAGGGCAGCUUUUUGCCUUGAGACAGUCGAAAAACGCCUGUCGCAAAUUAUAUAAUUGACAGAACCACCUCAUUUUUUUUGUUAAAAAUAUGUUCACCGGCUUUACUUCCGAUCAUUAAAUAUACUCUGUAAUCAGACCAACAAAAACAGGCGGAGGAGUUUGUCCGUCUUGCACUCAUAUAACGUCAGGGUCCAUUUUAAAACUGUCGCCAGUUUUUGAGGUUACCUUCGUUACCGACACAGACAAGGGCAGAAAUCACAGAGAAAGAAACAAUUUCUAUAUCCUUUUUAUGCUAUUCGGUCGACUAGCAUGUAUUUUAUGUCAUCAAAGAUACUUGUGAGGCAACAAACCCUUGAUAAUGGAAAAAUUGCCACAUCUUGUGAGAGUAUUGCCUGUGGCCACUUUUAAAGGUUACCUUUGUUACCAUACUCAGUACAAGUUGUAGUUGAUAUAGCCUUACCCUACCUUUCAUGUGGAAAGACCAUCCCCAGGUAGCUACAGACCCGCUGCAUUUUUGAUCCAGCGGCGAACUAAUAAAAUUUUUUUCAUCACUAUAUCCCAGAAUGUUACCUAACGUUACCAUGUUACCUUCGUUACCGUUUUACCUUGCAAUAUACGUUAUCGGACAUACGGCGAUAUGUACAAGGUAAUCAGGAUUAAAGGUCAUGGGCAACUCGGAGGUCAGCCUCGUUCUCGAUAACGUCCUUGAAAACGCGGCGUUGAGCCGCAUUUGUGCAGUUUGAGCAGGAGAAAGGUAAGACAACUUCAAUAUUUUGCAUCAUCUGGCAUUUUCAAAGUUAGGGUGGUAAUUUUGAUGCAUCAAAGACCAAUUAUGAAGCCUGAGAGAUGUCUUUUAGCCCGUAAUUCAUUUUAGAACGUGCAUAGUGGGUAAACAUCCCGGGAAGGACGAUAAUUAGAAACACAUGCCAUCGGUAACGCAGGUAACCACCAGUAACGGAGGUAACCAUGCUGUUUAACUGGGCGUUUUUGCGUUGGAAGAAAUUAGAGCAAGCAAUAUUUAACGAUACCACAGACGAGUUAAUAACUUUAUAUGUAAUAACAUUAGGUGUAGUAUGUUUUAGGGUGCUCUGAAUCAGUCAAAGCAGUGACAUAUGCAUUAAAACUGAGCCUGUUGAUCACCGUGAUACCAACGCCCACUACACGUACAUUGACCUGCCGUAUAUAGUCUCAUCAUAUGUAUGAAUAUAUCAGAGUCGGCAUUACGUAGUUGUUUGCAAAUCGUGGGUACCUUUCUUGUUUUAGUAAAUAUAGUUUUCAUUUUUAUGUAGAAGAUGGGCAAGACUAGAGCUGAGAUUCAGCGGGCAUACAGAGAAAGAAAGAAGGCAAAGGAUGAAGAGCAGUACAAAGCAAAGGAGGCCGCACGUGCCAAGAAACACUACAAACCGGCAGCUUCGUUGAGUCAUGAAGCCAGGGAGAGAAGAAAUGCACAAGCAAGAGAAAAGAUGAGAAGGCACAGGGCCCGGAAACAGGCAGCAAAAGUAACCAUCAAGAUGGAUUUUAAGAAGAAGAACAAAGCAUCGGGUGGGCCCAGAAAGAAGAUCAAAGAGUUACAGAGAAAGCUGGAAAAAACCCUGAAGGCUCAGAAGAAGCUGCAAAAGCGGUUAGAACGAGCAAAAAGUAAAGGUGCACAGGGUCAGGGUACCUCAAAUGAAUGUAUGACACCGCGCAGCAAGACCAAUUCUGAAAUCAGGGCUGCUGGCUUAACACCGCGAAGAGUGCCUGACAGGUUGAGAAAGAAAAUCUUGUUCUCCAAUGUAGUGACGUCUAGCAUAAAGGAAUCAUACCGUAAGAGGACGUCAGAUGGAAAACGUAUGAUCAGGGGAAUUGUUGUAGGCAAGAUUGUCAAGAAGUACCGCAUGAUCAGCACUCUCGCGCACGAGAUUGGAGUUGCUAGGAACGCGCGAACUGACGGACAGAAAAAAACAAGACUUCCACUUGUGCGGGCGGGAAUCAGAAAGGCAGUACACGACUUCAUGGAGAGGGAGGACAAUUCCAGAAUAAUGCCAGGGAAGAACGACUACAAGAAGAUUGGAAAGAACAAGGUGCAGGUUAGAGUUCUCACUAACUACCUGACCAGCCUACGUGAGAAAUUUGUAAGUGAAAACCCUGAUAUCAAGAUAUCACUCAGUGUGUUCGCCAGGCUGAGGCCACCCAACAUUAAGUUGGCGUCUUUCUUGUCCAGAAAUACGUGCCUGUGUACUAAGCACCAGAAUUUUGCCCUUAAACUGAAGACAUUGAAAGAGAAAGGGCUAGUAAAUUCUACUAAUCCCGACAACUUCCUGCGCUCCUUCCCCGAGAAGGAAAAUGUCAAGGCUUUGCUGGAACCUUUCGAAGACUUGCCACUUAGUGUCAAAAUCAAGUAUGAAGAAUGGCAAAGAGUCGAAGAGAAUGGGAAGAAAAGGAUGAAGAUCGUUACAUCAGAGAUCGGAAUCAAUGAUUUCGCAGACAUGUUCAUCAAAGAAAGUGUUGUAUUCCGAGAGCACACAAUCCGUGCUAACGAACAGUAUGCUCAAUUGAAAGCUCUGAAGGAAACGCUACCACCGAAACAUGUCAUUAUACAAAUGGACUUUGCAGAAAACUACAAAGUUAAGACCACUGAUGAAAUUCAAUCUGCGUAUUGGAAUUGUGAGAUGGUAACUUUGCACCCUGUUGUGCUGUACUACAGGGCGCAGGGUGACAGCGAGCUUCAACACGAGUCUAUUUGUGUAGUUUCUGAUGAGCUUGGGCACAACUCUUCCACCGUGUAUGCGAUUCUAAAGAGGCUGUUGCCUAAGAUAAAGCAAAACCACGACGUCCAGUACAUUCACUACUGGACGGACAGUCCAAGCUCACAGUAUCGUAAUAAAACCAUAUUCAGUGUUGUUUCUGAUCACAAAGAGCUGUUCGGGGUUCCGGCAACGUGGAAUUACUUUGAGGCGGGUCACGGCAAAGGCCCUUGCGAUGGCGUGGGUGGGACUGCCAAGAGAAUGGCGGACGAUGCCGUCAAACGUGACAGCGCCAAAAUCCAGGAUGCGCAUGACUUCUACGAAUGGGCUAUUAAGCUUAACAGUGUUAUAAAGUACGAGUUCGUAACUUCGAGAGAGUGUGGGGAAAGUAAGACCGACCUCGGGGAGAAGUAUGGCACUACGAAGGCCGUCAAAGGAACCAUGACGUUCCACGCCGUAGUGGGAAUGUCACCAGGUGUGGUGAAGACGCGCCCCACUUCAUGUUACUGUGCAAAAUGCUUUAACGCUAAGGGAUUUCGGCCUAAGACAACUUGCACGUGGAAAACUCACAACAUGACAAAACCAAACAAAUAAUAUUGGUUUUGUCAUGUUGUGAGUUUUCCAGGCAUAGGAUUAUCAUGAAACAGAUUGGCAACAUGAUGUGGGGCGCGUCUUUACCAAACCUGGUGACAUUCCCACUACGGCAUGGAACGUCAUGGUUCCCAGUACGAAGCAACUUGUAGUCUGGGAAAACAUGUUUACUUAAUACGUUACCAUGCGAGAACGUUGAGUUGUACUUAGAAAUCACAGGCACAUUGUAUGCCUUACUUUAAAGUAGAGGAAGUAGGAAAAUUCUUGUUAUCUUGUUAUAUCAACGGUCUUGUUUCUUACAUGGCAAGGUUGUUACCUUACUUCAACAGAGCGUUAACUUAGGUAUCUAUUCGAACACAUAUAGCGUACCUGGCAUCACAAUCACAUUGUAUGCCUGCUGUUUGCGUAGAGGAAUUGACAAAAUUCCAUUUUUUUCUUAAGUGCUCAUGUCGCUGUUACCUACAUGACAAAUGUGUUACCUUCGUUACCAUUAUUUGCUAGUGUUUAUCUAGAACGUAGUUGUAAAUACAUUCCAGCUGUUUUUACCACUGUAAUGUGUAGUUUGUACCAUUACUUUUCAAUACAAAAAUAAUGAAUUAUUGUAAGAUUUGACUUCACAGCAAGAAAGUCAAUGUUGUGCAUUUCGUACUUUCAGAAAUUGGCCACUGUCAGUCUUUAAAUAUGUGAUGAUUUUCUCUAAAACUGAACAUGGCUGUUGAAUGAUACUUACCGGUGGACUCAUUUGAUGGUUCUUGUUGAGAAAAAACAUUGAACUGAUUUCUUGCAAUAAAUAAUUCAUGCUGGGAACGUUAUCAUUGUGUCAAAGUACUUUUUUUAUGUCAAUCUUUUGAAAGUGACAUGGUUAAGUAAAAUGUUCGAUAUUUCAAAAACUAGAAGAGUUGGCACCUUGCCAAAGCUGUCUGAUAUAGUCAACAAUGUAGGGAACAAGCUGGGACCAUUGGUAAAACAUAGCGAGCAACUUCAUUUUUUGUCACUUUCAACCUCCAAUUGCACACGUUAACUGA